UUCUUCAUUCUUUCUAUCCCACAAACACAAAAAUAGAAACAUAUAUGGGUAGUUGUGCAUCAAAUCUACAUUCAACCAAAGAUGGAGGAAACAAAUAUUCCACUUUUGUGAACAUAGUUCACUCAAAUGGAAAGCUACAACAAUUGAAAGAACCAAUAAAAGCAUGGCAUGUUUUGUCUCAAAACCCAAACCACUUCCUUUGUUCUUCAGAAUCUAUGUAUGUUGGCUUACCAAUUCAUCCUGUGCUUCCAAAUCAAGAACUUCAAUUGGAUCAUAUAUACUUUCUUCUACCACUCUCCAAAUCUAACAUCCCAGUUUCUCUUCAAGAUUUGUGUGGUCUAGCCAUCAAGGCUAACACAGCUCUUGCAAAAACUACAAACUCAAUGUUGAAAUCAUAUUCUGUUUCACAAACUACAAAUUUCCAAACACACCCUAUUCUUUCAAAUGCUUCGGUUGGAUAUUCUCAUUAGGUACUUGGAAGUACACAACAGCACUAAUGAACAAGUACAAGGAAAAAUCAAACAAAUAAUUUUAAGAAGUUUCACAUCGGAUGUGAGAUGAUCUGAAUGAGUUUAUAAGUAGAGAUAAUUCUCAUCUAUCAUCUCCAAGACUACUAGGACUAGGCUUAAUAAACUAUUGUGCCAAAUAGUUUCAUAUUUGAAAUUCAUUAUGUACUAGCCAAUUAAAUGUACAUUAACUUGGUUUAAUUUAUAGUUUACCUUGAUUGCUUUCUGUACAAAA